AUGCGCACAGCCCUCACCGACCGUCUGGGCAUUCAGCACCCCAUCGUCGUCGCGCCCAUGGCCGGCGCUGCAGGAGGUCUCCUCGCCUCCGCGGCGAUCCAAGCCGGUGCUUUCGGCUUCAUCGCAAGUGGUCAUACACCCUUGCAAGAACUGAAGAACCAAAUCGAGAUCGGUCGAAAGGCGUUGGGAUUGAAGCAAGGGGAUGCGAUCCCUUUCGGGAUCGGGUUGAUUUGUUGGAAGUUUGAGAAAGCGCACGGGGAACCGCAGAUGGCGGAGGAGUUUUUUGAGACGAUCGUGGAGGCCAAGGUGAAGGGGGUUUGGUUGAGUUUUGGGGCGGACUUGAAGGAAUGGGUUGGGAGGAUUAGAGCAUUGGAGAAGGAGGCGAUGGAGAGGGAGGUCAGGGAGGGGGUCGAGGAAGGGAAGAGGAGGAAGAGAAUGACGGUCUUUGUCGCCGGGGGAUCUGUGGAUGAGGUGUUGCAGAUGAAGGAGUGGGAAGGGGUCGAUAUCGUGGCUGCUCAAGGUACGUUAUAGAGGGGAUCUAGGGGCGCGCAAAGGGGUGGGGGUGCGAUCGGGCCGAAAAAUCUGCCUUCUUGGAGAAAUGGGAACUAAUUUCUCGGACCCGACGCCACUCCCGUUUCACAGGUCUCGAAUCAGGUGGCCAUGGUCCGACGUACAAAGUCGGACUCCCCAUCAUCUCCUUCAUCCCGACCGUCGCAGCCCAAUUCGGACCGACCUUCCCUUCGGCCCCUCUACUCCUCGGUAGUGGAGGGAUCGCGACCGGUGCUCAACUCGUCGCGAUCCUCGCUCUCGGCGCUUCGGGUGCCGUCAUGGGAACCGCUUUUCUCCCCACAAUCGAAGCGACCUACUCCAAAGGUCAGAAGAAACGCAUCACCUCCGCCAAGGGGGAAGAGACGGUGCGGAGUAUGAAUUUCGAUCAUGCGAGGGGCACGUUGGGGUGGGGCGAACAUGUCGAUGGGAGGGGGGUGAGGAAUUUGACGACGGAGGAGAGCGUGGAGGACGUUGCGAGUGAAGAAGGGAAGAGGAAGUAUACGGAAGCGGUCAGGGAGGAUAAUACCGAGAGGAUCAUCGUUUGGGCUGGUGAGUGGGGUCGUUGUUGUGGUAGACGGUGACGAGGUGGGCGAGCUGGUCGCUGACCAAGGCCCGCUCUUCAACUUUUAUUUUCCAUCGGCCCAGGCACAAGUGUGACUUUGGUCGGACAAGAUUCAAGAGGCGAAGACUUUGCAAAGACCGAAACCAUCGUGAAGCGGAUUGUAGGGGAAGCUGAAGAGGCAAUACAGCGCGUAGCUCGGCUCGGAGCGGCCUGA